AUGGGCAGGAGGUCCGACUGGAGGAGAGACUAUUUGUCACAUACCACUGUGGAAAGGCCCCCAAGGGACUGGGAUCUUCUGGAGAGCUACCCUGCAGCGAUGGAUCCUGAAGCCUGCAGUCGCGCCUGUGUAGUCAGCUCUACCUGUAAAGGAAGUCUAUACAGUGCGCAACCGGCGAACCGCAGGGCUCCGUGUUUCUUGUAUUCGGGCGCCACUGAGCCGGUGCUUGAAGAUAUGGAUCGUGUGUUGUGGAUGUCGUAUCGGAAGGUUUCGCCUUUGGACCCGGUUGAUUGUAAGGAGGAGCUUGAGUUGGUGGGGGAGUUGGAGGAUAAGGCCUCUAGUGGUGGCGAGGAAGGAGAUGGAGGCGAUAACGGAGGAGGGGAAGAGGAAGGUGAAAAUGGUGGUAACGACGGCGGUUCAGGAACUGGACCAAAUGAUGCUGUUUGUCCUCGAAAUGAUGAAAACGUCUUCAGCUAUGAAAGCAGAAGAUGGGAGCUGCACUGUGACAGAUAUACCCGUUAUGGAACCGGUGCGAACAAUGACCUUGACAGGGAUUCCCCCUACCUCAAUAUUGCAGAAUGUAUUCGCCAGUGCUCCCAGAUCCCCAAGUGUAGGAUGGUAUACUUCCAUAAAGGUCUCCGCACUUGUUUCUUUGCGACCAGACCAGGGACUUUGAGUGGACGUGCUCCCGAUUAUGACGCUGCCUGGGUUCUUGGAUCCUAG